UGUUGAAGUUAAUGUCGGAACUACUGAUUAUUAUCUUAUACGAUGAUCUAAUAUGCCUCACUUUAGGAGACACCUGUAUAUUGGAGAAAACAUGCACAGAGACCUGCUACCGUACUUCAAGCUAUACAGUGAGUUGUGGAACAUGGGGAUGGAGGAGGUGCAACAGAUACCGGCGUGUGUCCUACAGUUGCCAACAGCAAUGCAAUGAAGAGAUCUGCUGUGACGGAUAUACGGGGGAUGACUGCCUAACACCCCUUUGUUUCAAUUCAACCACUUGUGCUAACGGCGGAACGUGUGUGUCCCCGGACAACUGUACAUGUACCAGCGGCUUCUCCGAGCCAGCGUGUGAUGAUAUUGACGAGUGUGCAAACCAGUUGGAUACAUGUGAACACAUAUGUGUUAACACACAGGGAUCGUACACGUGUGAUUGCAACAAUGGGUAUAUGCUUCAACCAGAUCUAGCAUCAUGUUCAGAUAUUGACGAAUGUAUAAAUGAAAAUGGCCGAUGUAACCAGGUGUGCGUUAAUUCCGAAGGGUCAUAUAGCUGUGCUUGUAACCAAGGAUACGAGCUGAGUGCAGAUGAGCUUACUUGUACAGACGAAGACGAAUGUGCAAACAGUACGCAUGAAUGUGAGCACGGCUGUACAAAUACCGUUGGCUCAUUUGGCUGUUACUGUCACACGGGAUAUGAACUGGGCAUUGAUGACAGAUCAUGUGACGAUUUGGACGAGUGUGCUGAUGGAACUUCCCUAUGUGACCACAUAUGUGUGAAUACACGUGGGUCAUACGAAUGCGAGUGCAAUGCGGGGUAUGAACGACAGCCAGACGGACUUUCUUGCAAAGACAUUGACGAAUGUUCAACCAACAAUGGAGGGUGCGGCCAGAUAUGCACCAACCACCCAGGUGAAUAUGAAUGCUCGUGUUUUGAUGGGUACCGCUUAGUACAACAAAAUCAGUGUGAAGAUAUCAACGAAUGCAGCAACAACAUGCAAUGUGACCAAACGUGUACAAACAGUAUUGGUUCUUUCACCUGUGGUUGUUGGGAAGGCUAUGCCCUGGAUACCAAUGGUAGAAGUUGUUUCAACAUAGACGAUUGUGCAGACAUCACUUGCAAAAAUAAUGGAAGUUGUAUAGAUGGGUUAUCUUCAUUUACCUGCGUGUGUCUGCCGGGAUUUACAGGAAACUUGUGCGAAUUAGAUGUGAAUGAAUGUUUAUUUCUGAAUGGAGGAUGCAAUGACCUAUGUAUGAACACGUUAGGUUCGUUCAUGUGCAGUUGUACAGGGAACAGAAGCCUGGCAGCCAAUCAACGUUCUUGUGAAGGAGGCGAUUAUACCGGCACUAGUGUGUUUGAGCGCCUUCGAAUCGCUAGAAAGCGUUUGCCCGAAGGAUGUUUUUCCUUCAACAUUGACGAUACUCGAUUCUUAACAUCUACGUUACCAUGGUAUUGCCUUCACAAUGAUCAAUCCAUUUGCUACACAAGCGGGGUUGUGCAUAUAAAAAUUGGAAGCAGAUGCCAUCCUAUAUCUAUUCAAGGACUUGCUAUUUUCAACAAAGACUUGCUUACAAUCACAAGCAACACAUUCACAUAUAAAGACGGUUCAAUCACAAAACAAGAAACAGAAUGCAAAGAAAUAGAACUCUCUGCCAAGGACAGUUAG